AUGAAAAUCAUUGUUGCUGGAUUCUGUAAAACUGGUACAAAAACAAUGGCCACUGUACUUGAUAUACUCGGAUACAUCGUUUAUGAUUGGGAACAUCAUCUAUAUUAUUUGCAAGAUGAUUGGAGAAAGAUUCUAACAAAGGGCGGAACAACUGAAGAUUUUUAUCGAAUGUAUGAAGAUAUUGACGUCGGAGUUGAUAUACCGUUCGCCUUAUUUUGGGAAGAGGUUCUAAAAGCAUUUCCAGAAUCAAAGAUUAUAUUUAUGCAACGUCAAAAUGAAGAAAUAUGGUUUAAAAGUUUAGAAAAUCAAUUGAAAAUGUUUAAUAAGAACUUGCGUUUUCGUGCUUUAACGACUCUAUCCUAUACAGGAUAUAAAUUUUUUUCUUUAUCUGGAAAAUUAUGCACCGUGUCAUUUGGAAAUCAAAGUUUUCUGCCUUGGAAUAUAUAUAACGGAGUAAGUUCCACAGUCGCUUUAAAGCGUUAUCGAGAUCAUUGUACGUCUGUUCUAACUAGAGCUCCGACAGAUCGUCUGUUAAUAUUCAAUAUGAAAGAUGGAUGGAAACCUCUUUGUGAAUUUUUAAAUAAAGAUAUUCCAAAUGUCCCUUUUCCACUUGAAAAUGAAAGAGGAAAAUUAGCUGAAAAUUUAUUGAAAUCUAGCCCGAUAUUCCGAAAGAUGCAAAAUGAAAUGAUGGUUACGUUAACAGUGAUUGGAAUAUUUGUAUGCUAUCUACUUUAUCUUGUUAUAGGCGGGCUUACGUAA